GGGAUCACUCUUCCUAAUCUGGAGAUAUUAGCUGGUGGUGUCAACAAAUUCACAGGUAGUAUUCCUGUAUCCUUGUCAAAUGCUUCAAGACUUCGAAAGCUUGAUUUUGCUGAAAAUGGUCUCACUGGGAAACUCCCAGCUGAAAAUUUUGGAAGCUUGCAAAGCUUAUCUAGACUGAACUUUGAUGACAAUAGACUGGGAAGUGGAAAGACUGGUGACCUGAGUUCUCUCAGUUUCCUUGCUAAUUGUACUAAUCUUGAGGUGUUCAGUUUUAGCCGCAAUCGUUUUGGAGGAGAAUUGCCAGAGUCCAUAUCCAACCUCUCAACAAAACUUAGAAUUUUUACAAUGGGGGGUAAUUUGAUACAGGGAAGCAUCCCUAUCGGCAUUGCAAAUCUUGUAAACUUGACCAAUCUAGGAAUGGAACAAAACUAUUUUGGUGGCAGCCUCCCUGAUGUAAUUGGCAAGCUCCAGAAGUUACAAGGUCUGUAUUUGAAUCUUAACAAGUUUUCGGGGCCAAUCCCAUCCUCCCUAGGUAACUUGACUUCAGUAACAAGGCUCUUCAUGGAGGGUAAUAGGUUUGAGGGAAGCAUACCUCCAAGCCUAGGAAACUGCCAAAGCUUAUUGAUACUUAACCUUUCUAGUAACCAACUAAGUGGCACCAUACCUAAAGAGGUUGUUGAGCUUUCAUCCCUUUCAAUUUCUUUGUCCAUGUCUAACAAUUCUUUGACUGGUUCACUACCAUCAGAAGUGGGUGAGUUGGUAAAUCUCUCGGAGCUAGAUGUAUCAGGAAACAACUUAUCAGGUGAAAUCCCCGUAACCCUUGGCAGCUGCACUAGUUUGGUGAGCCUACAUUUGGAAGGUAAUGCGUUUGAAGGAAACAUUCCUGAAACUCUAACAAAAUUAAGAGGCGUGGAAGAAAUAGAUAUUUCACGCAAUCACUUAUCUGGGAAAAUUCCUGAAUUUCUAGGUAAGUUUAGAGCUCUUAAGCAACUCAAUCUUUCUUAUAAUGAUUUUGAGAGUGCAUUGCCUGAAGAAGGAAUAUUUUCAAAUGCAAGUGGUGUCUCAGUUCAUGGAAAUAAUAAACUGUGUGGUGGCAUCCCAGAAUUACUUCUACCUGUAUGCUCUAACAAAAAGCCUCAUUCAUCUCAAGGAUUACUUUCCCCAAAAGUAGUAAUUCCUGUAACUUGUGCACUUGGAUUCAUUGCCCUAUCAUGCUUUAUUGCUGCUUGUAGGAUGGUGAAAAGGUCAAGAGGUCCACUUUUAACUUCACAUUCUUAUGGGGAUUGGAAAUUAUCCGUCUCUUAUUUAGAACUCGCGCGAUCAACCAACGGGUUCUCUCUUGACAAUCUCAUUGGUUCAGGAAGUUUCGGUUCUGUGUACAGAGGAGUACUCUCUAGUAAUGGCAUGGUAGUUGCUGUUAAGGUAUUAAACCUUAACCAAGAAGGAGCUUCCAAGAGUUUCAUUGAUGAAUGCAAAGCUUUAAGAAAUAUAAGGCACCGCAAUCUUCUCAAAAUCAUAACCGCAUGCUCAAGCAUUGACAACCAAGGUAAUGAGUUCAAAAGUCUAGUUUCCGAGUUCAUGGAAAAUGGAAGUCUAGACCCAUGGCUUCAUCCAAGAGAUGAUGAAGAAUCUCAAAGUAAGAGAUUGAGCCUGAUCCAAAGACUAAAUGUUGCCAUAGAUGUUGCUUCUGCAUUAGAUUAUCUACACCAUGACUGUGAAACGUGCAUUGUUCAUUGUGAUUUAAAGCCAAGCAACGUUCUUCUUGAUGAAGAUAUGGUAGCCCAUGUUGGUGACUUUGGUCUAGCAAGGUUCCUUUUGGAAGCAUCAAAUAAUCCCACCAAAACUCAAACCAUGUCAGUUGGGCUAAAGGGUUCCAUAGGCUACAUUCCUCCAGAGUAUGGCAUGGGAGGCCAAGUUUCCAUACUUGGAGAUGUUUAUAGCUAUGGGAUACUGUUGCUAGAAAUGUUCACAGGAAAAAGACCAACUGAUGACGUGUUCAAAGAUGGUCUAAGCAUUCACCAAUUCACAGCCAUGGCUUGUCCUGACCAUGUCAUGGACAUAGUUGAGCCUUCAUUGCUCCUUGAAACGGAUGACGAGAAUGAUGAAGAUGACAAAUAUGGAAAUCGCAUAGAAAAAAGACCAGUAGCAGGAUAUAAAGAUCCUGGCCCAGUCAAAGCAAAAAGAUUGGAGGAAUGCUUGGAUUCAUUGAUGCAAAUAGGGCUCUCAUGCUCUGCAACAUCACCAAGAGACCGGAUGCCUAUGGAUGUCGUUGUCAACAAAAUGAAUGCAAUUAGAGACUCAUAUCUCAAUUUAAGAAGAAGAAGAAGA